GGAAGGCAGCUUAGGAGCUAGGAGGACCAGAUUCCGCGUGUGGAGACUGCGGUGACCGGGUGAGCGGGUGUGAAGGGGACCUGGAAGAGUCGGCCGGGUCUGCGCUGCCCGUGGCGAGUGCGGUAGGCGCUGCAGGCCUCAUGGCGGUCCGGGCGUCGUUCGAGAACAACUGUGAAAUCGGCUGCUUUGCCAAACUGACCAACACCUACUGCCUGGUGGCCAUUGGCGGGUCGGAAAACUUCUACAGCGUGUUUGAGGGCGAGCUCGCGGAUACCAUCCCCGUGGUGCACGCGUCCAUCGCCGGCUGUCGCAUCAUCGGGCGCAUGUGUGUGGGGAACAGACACGGUCUCCUGGUGCCCAACAACACCACUGACCAGGAGCUGCAACACAUUCGCAACUGCCUCCCAGACUCCGUGCAGAUCCGGCGGGUAGAGGAGCGGCUCUCGGCUUUGGGCAAUGUUACCACCUGCAAUGACUACGUGGCCUUGGUUCACCCAGACCUGGACAGGGAGACUGAAGAAAUCCUGGCAGAUGUGCUCAAGGUGGAAGUCUUCAGACAGACUGUGGCUGACCAGGUGCUAGUAGGAAGCUACUGUGUCUUCAGCAAUCAAGGGGGGUUGGUGCACCCCAAGACGUCCAUAGAAGACCAGGAUGAGUUGUCCUCAUUGCUUCAGGUGCCACUGGUGGCGGGCACUGUGAACCGGGGCAGUGAGGUGGUUGCUGCUGGCAUGGUGGUGAAUGACUGGUGUGCCUUCUGUGGCCUGGACACCACCAGCACAGAGCUGUCGGUGGUGGAGAGCGUCUUCAAGCUGAACGAGGCCCAGCCCAGCACCCUGGCCACCAGCAUGCGGGACUCCCUCAUUGACAGCCUUACCUGAGUCAUCCUCCAUGCCAUGCAGUGGACUUUGGCUCCCUUUCCGCAACCUGCCCAGCGUUUCCUGGAUGCUGGCAGGGAGGUGGCAGGCCUUCCCCGUGGGUGCCCAGCCCAGCUCUGUUCCUGCAAACCUGCUGCGUCCUGCUGCUGUCAGGGCCUCUGGCUCCGGGUUGAGAGCUCAGCUCUCCUGUGCCAUCGCAUUAAAGGGCAUUUGUCUCCA